UUAAAACUGAUAUUUCUGUUUCCCCAAUUCAAGAAAGGCAUUCAUACUAUAUCAUGCCUGCCAGAAAUCGUUUGAUUUCAUCAUCACCGGCAACCCUGCCGCCACCGCCCAUUCCCACCGGCAAGGGAUCGCGUUCUGCCGUGGAUCCAGUUUUAUCCGAUUACAUAGACCAGUCAAUACAUAUCCCGGAAUUGACUCUCCCUGAGCAUGUUCAUAGUUUAAAGCCACUUGAUAUUGAUUAUCAACUGCUCAUAUCAAUGGAUGAUGAUGAAUCAAUGAGUCCGCUGUUGACAUCGGCUAGGGGACUCGGAAUUUUUCGGAUUAUUGGGCAUGGAAUUUCUAGUGAUGAGUUAAGAUCAAUAUUGGUUGAUUGUGAACAGAUAUUUGGACUGCCAAUUGAAUGUUGCACAAAUUAUGGAGAUCAUGAGAAGUUUGUGUGGUGUGAUGAUGAUAAAGAGUUCAUGGAGAAGGGUAAAUUUGUUCUUGGAGAGCAAAAAUUUCAUAUUUUCAGGCAAAAAAUGGAGUAUGUUGCCACAAAACUCAAAUCUAUUGCAGAAGAAUUGGCAAAGGUAAUUGCUCCAAGUGCUAUAAACCAAUCUCCAGAGCAAGUUCAAUUAGGGGAAUCCACAUUGAGCAUAUAUAGGUACCAUGGAGCUAAUAUCAUCGAUCGAAUUCCCUCUCUAGUCGAGGAAAAAUGCCAAGAAUCAUGUCAAUAUGCUUUGAAGCUCCAUCUUAUACUAGAUUCAGGCGAGUUCUGUUGGCAGUCGGAGUUGCAUAGUUCGUCAUUCAGCCCAAGCAACAACACCAUUGUUGUAAAUAUGGGGAAAGAGUUGGAGGAAGGGAGCCAUAACGAACUGAAGUCAGCUGGUGGGGAAUUACUUUUCAGGCCUUACCUUCAUACUAAUCGCCCAUCUUUCUCAAUUGAACAGAAGUGGUCAUCUUGUAAUUUGAAUAAAAUUCAGAAUGAUUCUAGCAAGCGAAUCUCAUUGGCUGAUCAGAUCUUGGUUCUAUUGCUAGUGGUAUUGUUAUACAAUACUUUUACUUUUGUUUACUCUUGAAUCAAACCGAACUAAGUCAACCAGUAUUAGUCGUGUUUGGUUUCACAAUGUGUGUUGUGUUAUACUGAAGUUAGGCAUCAUGUUUGACAAUGUUGAUGCAAGAAAAUUUGUCAUGAGGAUUAAUGUGUACUGAAAGUGAAAGUUCAAGAGAUUCAUGUACAUUCUUUAUGAAUUUUUCUUUGUCGUAAAUGAUCUAGUGUGGUGUAAAGAAUUAUCAAGAAAAUGAUGAAGACAUCCAUUUUAUUUA